GUGAAGAGAGUGAAUUGAGGGCACCAGGUGAAAUAACCCAUCAUCAUGACUCUGAGUCUUUGCACUUGGUUAAUCUGGCUGUGUACUGUUACUGGAUAUCUAUGUGAUCAAUGCCGAGAGGGCGUCUCCUUUGCCAAUGCAGUUAUACCUGCGAAUUUACAAAAUACGCAUCCUAUUAGAGUUCCAAAUGCAAGGACUAUGUCAGACUGUAUUUUAGCCUGUUGCAACCACUCAGGCUGUGACCUUGCCUGGGUGUUGGGCAGACAAUGUUAUAUUGUGAGCUGCCAACAUAAAGAGAGCUGUGAACCCCAAAAAUUUGAGCGCAUGCAAUCAUACUUAACAUUUGUUCUUAGGCCUGCUCCAAGAUUUAUAUCCUUACCGCUCUUUGAGAACUUUGUGCCUAAUGGUAAAUAUUUACUUGGAGAUCAAAGUGAUGCAGAGGAGCAUAUGGCCAGUCUUAAGGAACUGUCCUCCCUAAUCAAGAACCCCAGCCUAGAGGAACUGCCUGACUACACAGAUGAUUAUGGUACUCCUCAGCUGGAUCUUCUCCAUCCAAACCCAAGUGAUGGAGACAAACCAAGGCCUGAUUUAGACUUUAUAACUUGGCUUAUGCCUGAUGCAGCUAAGAACAUCACUACUGUAGAAGUUGGCAGACGUAAUGAUGAUGAUACAGAGCAUCCAAAAGAAGAUUUCAUAGUGAGUAAAGCUGUGUUGAGCAAUGUUUCUGAGACAUUAUUUGGAGACCAACUUACCACUGCAAUACCACAAGCAGAGACAGUUUUACCAAGAGAAAAGGAAACCAUCAAGCAGCUUCCAACACCUAUCCCCAAUUCUGCUUCUCUGGACAAAGUCUUAGCUGAUGUUACAGACAACCAUCCAACUGAAAAAUUGAUACCAGAGCACCAAGAGGUUGCAGAAAACACAGCCAAUUCUCUCCCAUCAUAUCCAUCCAUUACCCACAAUGCACUGCCUACCGCAACUGCCCAAUAUCCAAUGUUGACGAUCACAGUAUCCACAGCAGGCAACAUGGAAGUGGAUCUACCAACUCAUGAAGUUCAACUUAAUGUCUUUGUAAGCCCUGAACCCCAGGCCAAUGUGCCAUAUACAUAUGAAUGGAGUCUGAUAAAGCAGCCUGCAGACUUCCAUGGUGAAUUGAAACUGAAAAACACAAAGUCUCCAAUAAUGUCAAAUGUCACAGCAGGUCUAUAUACAUUGAGAGUGGCAGUGUCUGGAGAACAUGCCUCUGGAGAAGGAUUUCUUAAUGUUACCAUCAAGCCAGCAGCUAGAUUAAAUCUGGGGCCAGUCGCAGUUGUGUCUCCAAGAAUACAGGAAGUGUCUCUUCCUUCAACAUCUGUCUUCAUUGAUGGACUCCAGAGCAGCGAUGAUGAUAAAAUCAUGGCAUAUCUCUGGGAAGAAAUUGCAGGACCUUCACAUGACUUGAAGACAAUAGGAGAGGAAUCAGUUUUACCUCUCUCUGAUCUGGAGCCUGGAAAUUAUACAUAUCGGUUGACUGUAACUGACUCAGAUGGGGCUACAAAUUUUACUGAAGCCUCUGUAAUAGUUCACAAACCUGUAGAUAAACCACCGAUUGCCAAUGCUGGACCUAAUCAAAUUAUAACACUUCCCCAAAAUCAUAUCGAUCUGAAUGCGAAUCAGAGCAAGGAUGACCAUGAAAUUAUAGGCUAUGAGUGGUCGCUGAGCCCCAGCAGUAAUGGGAAAGUAGUGACUAUGCAGGGUGAACGCUCCCUAUACCUUCAAGCUAAAGUAGAACAGGCUGGAGAGUAUGUAUUUCAGCUGACAGUGACAGAUUCCGCCAAGCAGAAGUCUACGGCUCAAGUGACUGUAACUGUGGAGCCUGAAAAUAAUAGUCCACCUGUAGCAGAGGCUGGGCCAGACAAAGAACUGACUUUUCCUGUGGAAUCUACAACAUUGGACGGAAGCAAAAGUAAAGAUGACCAUGGCAUUGUGUCCUAUGAAUGGGAGAACCUCAGUGGGCCAACCACAGUGACAAUUCAGAACAAUGAUAAGCCAGUGGCUGUUGUUUCUGAUCUGCACAUUGGAACAUAUCGCUUUCGCUUGACUGUCAAGGACCAGCAAGGGUUGAGCAGCACAGCUCCUGUUUCCAUCACAGUUAAAGAAGGGAAAAAUAGCCCUCCUAAGGCUCAUGCUGGUGGAACACGUGUCCUUGUUUUUCCAAAUAAUUCAAUUUCUCUGGAUGGAUCAAAGUCUGUUGAUAAUCAAGGGAUAGUAUCAUACCAGUGGAGUAAAGAUGGUCAAAGCCCAGCUGCCGGGGAUGUGAUGGAUUCAUCUGAGCACAGACCGGUUCUUCAGCUUGCCAAUCUGGUGGAAGGAAUUUACCUGUUCCAUUUGAAGGUCACAGAUGCAAAAGGAGAGUCAGAUAUGGACACAGCGACAGUGGAAGUGCGUCCUGACCCAAGGAAACAAAGCCUGGUUGAACUCAUUUUAGAGGUUUCAGUCAGCCAACUGAGUGAACAACAGAAAGACACCUUGGUGAGACAGCUGGCUGUUCUUCUCAAUGUCCUUGACUCCGAUGUUAAAGUUCAGAAGAUACAAGCACAUUCAGAUUUAAGCACUAUGAUCCUAUUCUAUGUCCAAAGCGGACAUCCCGUUAAAACAUGGAAGGCCACAGAUGUUAAACAAACUCUUCAAAACCAGCUUUUGAAGGAAAAAGCAGAUUUUCUAUUGUACAAAGUGCUCAGAGUAGACACAGCAGUGUGUCUGCUGAAAUGUUCGGGACAUGGACACUGUGACCCAAUAACAAAAUCCUGUCUUUGCUAUCCCUUUUGGAUGGAAAACUUCAUCCAGCGUUAUGUCAGUGAUGGGGAAAGUAAUUGUGAUUGGAGUGUACUCUAUAUUACUGUGCUGACAUUCGCCUUGGUUGCCUUUCUGAUGGGCAUGGUCUGGGUAUGCAUCUGUUGCUAUAAAAGCCGGAAGAGGACCAAAAUAAGAAAGAAAACAAAAUAUACUAUUCUGGACAAUUUUGACGAUCAAGAAAGAAUGGCUCUGAGACCCAAAUAUGGCAUAAAGCACAGGAGCACAGAGCACAACUCCAGCCUUAUGGUUUCAGAGUCAGAAUUUGACAGCGACCAAGACACAAUUUUCAGCCGUGACAAGGCAGACCAAGAGAACCCAAAAAAUAUAUCCAGUGGAGCUCUCAAGAAUGGCGCUCCUUUUAACUUCAGCUCUAAAUGUAGAUGAACUGGAGAAAUAGUAAAAGAGAUGUGUUUUGUGUCUGACCAAACUCAAAGCUGGAAGCCUUUCCUUUUACAGAUCUACUGUAUCCGAUCUUAAAAUACAGACUAUG